CGCGCUCCUGUUGUGGGCAGCGCGAGCGCAGCUGCGUGCUGGCUGUCAUUAGCUGUUAGCUGGAGUGAUGGUGAGCUACACUGACUUCGCCUUCCCUGCCGGAGAUGAAAGCGACGCCAGCAACGACGAGUGGGACAUUAGCUCUCAUUCGGAAAACAAGACACUUGGCAACAAGGUUGCGGACCUUGGCUCUCCUGUGGCGGAUGGAGGGGACAAUGUCUCUGUGCUGAAAAAAGCCAUCAAUGGAGGAGACGCAGUUACUGUGAAACAGCUGUUGGACAAUGGGAUGGACGUGGAAACCAACGUGUACUAUGGACGGACUCCUCUGAUGUACGCUGUCAGUCUGGCGAACUACGACAUCGCCAAACUGCUGCUGGACAGAGGAGCCAGUGCCAAUUUUAGCAAAGAUCACUGGACUGUGCUCAUGGCCAGUUGCACCGCUUCUGCCGCUGAAGACGAAAUAGCACGUUGUGUUGAACUUCUGCUGUCCAGGUCUGCUGAUCCCAACAUGGUGGACAGGUCUCAGAAAACAUGCCUGAUGUUGGCAGCCAGGGAUGGCUACACUAAAGUCAUAAAUCUGCUGGUGUCUCAUGGUGCAGAAAUCAAUAUCCAGGACAGCAAAGGAUACACAGCUUUGUCUAUAGCAGUACAACAUGGCAGAGAAGAGGCGGUGUUAAAGCUCCUUCAGCUGGGAGCUGAUAAAACCAUAAGGACCAAGUAUGGCAAAAGCCCUGCUGAGCUUGCCGAGUUGCACAAACGCACACAGAUAGCCAGGAUUUUAGCUUCAUCUUCCCAACUCUCUGCUGUCCCAGCCUCCACUUCUAUAGAGGAGAUGUUGUCUCAACUUUUUAAGACAAACUCUGAUGCUGUCUCUAAGGAAAGGGAAACGAAGCUUGAUGAACUUGAACUUCUCCUGCACGGCCUUGAUCUGGGCUAUCUCACUGACAUUUUGGCCGAACAUGACAUCACCUGGAGCUAUCUGUUUACCAUGGACGAGGAGGACUUUGAGAAGAUUGGUAUCACAGAUCCGGUGGACCGGCAGAAACUGCUUAGUGCUGUGCAGCAGAUGCAUCUGGACAAAGUAGACCUGGACAAGAUUCAGCUGGGGACUGGAGACAGUGGGAGUGAGGACCUGCAAAACUUCCUCCUGAGCGUGGGUCAUCAGUGCUGCUACCUGACGGAGACGCUUCAGGAUGUCAUCAGCCGUUUCCCUCGCCAGGCCUCUCAGCUGAUCAUCUCGUUGGACCCAAAGAAGGAAGCCCAGAUUGCCUGUAAGCAGCUUAUUGUCCAAACACAAGACCUGCAGAAGGAAAUCAUCUGCCUCCACAAUCUGCUAUGCCAGCUGGAUGAAGCCAGGGAUUGCUGUCAACUUCCUCACCCCGAUUCCCACAAGAGCUCGAGGACAUGGACCAUGACAGGAGUUGCUCUGAGUGUGCUUGGAGCUGCUUCCCUCCUCUUCCUCUACAAAGGCUGCAUGAAGAUGUACAAGAAUUUCCUCUGAAAUGUGAAUGAGUUCAAGCUAAUAUUUGUUUGAUGACUAUAAGUUUUAUUAGAUAUGCUUAAAUUUUAGGCAUUCUCAGGAAGUUUAACUUGUGAAAGUCUUAUGUUGUAAGAAGUUUGCUCCUAAUUUCAUUUGUUGUAACUGUUAAAGGUUGGUUAAAAGGGAUUUUCUUACAUGUCCAAAUAAAGAAUUGGGAUAUUUUCA